AGUCCAUUCCCUUGCGGGCCUGGACGCCACGAAAAGUAGCAUCGCAUAUAUUAAACCAAACGCUAAAACGAAUAAAGAAAAGGCAGAUUCCAGAAACGCCUACCUCUCUCUUUUCUCGAAAACCCUAGCGUCCUUAACACAAUCUGGUUUGCUCUCGGCAUCCAUGGAUAUUGAGGCCGAGAUCCGUGCAUUGCAGCUUAACUCUGCAGAAGAUAAUAAUGGUGUGGUCAAUCCUGAAGUUACAAAACCAGAAGAAGUUGAAAUCUCAGAUAAGUUGGAGGAAGGUGUGAAGGAUGAGGUUGAUACAAAAUCUCAGGCGGUCCAGGCUGAGCCAAAAGACAAGGAAGUAGCUGCACAAGAGGAUGCAGAAGCAUCGGUUGAAAUGGAAACAGAAAAGAAGCGCCACUUGAAUGUUGUCUUUAUUGGUCAUGUUGAUUCUGGUAAGUCAACAAUUGGAGGCCAGAUACUCUUCCUCAGUGGUCAGGUUGAUGACCGUACUAUCCAGAAAUAUGAGAAGGAAGCAAAGGAUAAAAGUAGAGAAAGCUGGUAUAUGGCAUAUAUUAUGGACACUAAUGAGGAGGAGAGGGUUAAGGGUAUAACUGUUGAAGUUGGAAGAGCACGCUUUGAGACAGAGACAACUAGAUUUACUAUUUUGGAUGCACCAGGUCACAAGAGUUAUGUUCCAAAUAUGAUCAGUGGGGCAGCCCAAGCUGAUAUUGGUGUGCUUGUGAUUUCUGCCCGUAAAGGGGAAUUUGAAACUGGAUAUGAGAGGGGUGGGCAGACCCGUGAACAUGUCCUGCUGGCAAAGACCUUGGGUGUGGCGAAGCUACUUGUAGUGGUUAAUAAGAUGGAUGACAACACUGUCAACUGGUCUAAAGAAAGGUACGAUGAAAUUGAGUCAAAGAUGACACCUUUUCUGAGGUCUUCAGGCUACAAUGUGAAGAAAGAUGUACAGUUCCUACCAAUAUCUGGUCUUAUUGGUUAUAACAUGAAAACAAGAGUGGAUAAGAGUAUAUGUUCUUGGUGGAAUGGUCCCUGCCUAUUUGAAGCCCUCGAUUCUAUUGAAGUUCCUUUCAGAGAUCCAAAAGGUCCAUUUAGGAUGCCUAUAAUUGACAAAUUCAAAGACAUGGGAACUGUUGUUAUGGGAAAGGUAGAAUCUGGAAGUGUGUGUGAGGGUGAUUCCUUAUUAGUUAUGCCAAACAAGGCUCAAGUGAAAGUUCUAGCUGUAUAUUGCGAUGAAAAUAAGGUUAGGCGUGCAGGACCUGGUGAAAAUCUACGGGUUAGAUUAUCUGGGGUUGAAGAAGAUGACAUGUUGUCAGGUUUUGUCUUGACAAGUGUUGUAAAAUCGAUACCAGCUGUCACUGAAUUUACAGCCCAAUUGCAGAUUCUUGAGUUGCUUGAGAAUGCUAUUUUUACUGCUGGCUAUAAGGCUGUCUUGCACAUUCAUUCUGUUGUUGAGGAAUGCGAGAUAGUUGAGCUAUUACAGCAAAUUGAUCCAAAGACAAAGAAACCCAUGAAAAAAAAGGUUCUUUAUGUGAAGAAUGGUGCUGUUGUCAUGUGUCGUAUUCAGGUUAACAACUUGAUUUGCAUUGAGAAGUUCUCAGAUUUUCCACAACUUGGGAGGUUCACUCUUCGUACUGAAGGAAAAACUGUUGCAGUGGGAAAAGUCACUGAUCUUCCUUCAAGCAGUAGUACUUAAAAAAAAAAUUGUUCUUAGAGGCAGUUUGACAGGACACAAACAACUUGUGUACCAAAUCCUGUUGAGUUGAAAUAGGAUCACCGAGAACUCAUUAAGAAUUGUCGCAUUACACUGCUCUUGCUGUAAUAGUGUUAUGGUUAUUUUUGCCGCUCCUAUUGUGCUUUUACUGGCAUUUUAUGCUUUUGAUAUGAGAUGGGUGUAUAUUUUGAACUGAUUCGCAACCCAUUGUUCAUUUUAAAAAUACCAAAUUAUAGUUAAUGGUGUUCAUCAA